GCUCACAAAAACACCCACAAGCCUCUCGCGUACUCUCAUUUCCUUCUCAGUUCUCACCAUAUAUCCACAUACCGCCAUGGCCACAUGCCUCCUCAUUCCCAGCCCCCACGCUCCGAAAUUCCGUCACUCUCCCACCCCUAAAAUCACCUGCUCGUCCCUCACGGCCCAAUCCCAGUCCGCCAAGCGCCGCCUCCUCAGCCUCAUCUCGGACCAGGACCGAGGCCUCAAGACCCAGAAGGACCCUGCGAAACGCGCUUCCAUCGUCGAAGCCAUCGACGCCAUGGCCGUUCUCGGCCAGGAUACAGUCACCACCGGCGGGUCCCUCUCGGCCACGUGGCGGCUGCUCUGGACCACGGAGAAGGAGCAGCUCUUCAUCGUCGAGAAUGCACGGUUGUUUGGUACUCAGGCCGGUGACGUCUUGCAGGUAAUCGACAUCGAGAAAUUGACUCUGAACAAUGUGAUCACUUUCCCUCCCGAUGGAGUUUUCUUCGUUCGCUCCGGUAUCGAAGUCGCUUCGCCGCAGAGAGUGAAUUUUAGAUUUACAAGCGCGGUUCUACGGGGAAAAAACUGGGAGAUCCCACUACCGCCAUUCGGGCAAGGUUGGUUUGAGUCCGUGUACCUUGAUGACGAGCUUCGAGUUGUGAAGGAUAUCAGGGGAGACUAUUUGGUUGUUGACCGCGCUCCUUAUGAUUGGAAAGAAUGAACGGCCGAAGUUAUGGUUUAUCUUAUUGUUACCAAUAUGGGAGCAAAAUGUUUGAAUCUAUAUACCUCGAUGAUGACAUUAGAGUAGCAAAGGAUAUCCGUGGAGACUAUUUAGUUGUUGAUCAUGCUCCUUAUAGUUGGAAAGAGUGAGGACGGAAGUGCAAUGUCUCGGUAUUUCGAAAUUCUUGUGCAGCAACUUUUGGUCUAGUAUAAUUUUUUUGAAUGUUUAACAUGUUCAUACUCCAGUACUAUUGCCUUCCCAAUUAUCCUACAAUCUUGUUUCAGGUCCAGAUUUCUUUCUUGCUCUCAUACUCUAUUCUAUAAAUCCUCAUUUCUUCCUUACUUUCAGAUUCUCUUUCAGAGGGAACUUCUGACCCAUGGAAAUCAAUUCUGCAAACUGCUUUUUGGAAAGUGUUACUCCUCCAUCCAUGAGGGCUUGCAUCACUAUAGGUCAUUAGAUUCUUGCCUUUCUAGCCUUGUACUUUGUAUGAAAUCAAGCUGAAGUAAAUAUAUUGUUAUGAUCCUGUUUAUUUUUUGGAUCUAAGACUGUGUUUGCUAAUAUAGAGUUGAGUGAUGCUCCUAGUUCAAAUUGAAAGCUGUUUUCUUAUAAACAGGCUGUCCAUGCACAGCUCAUUUGUAAUUUUACUAAUAUAUGAACUAUAGUGAUACA